AUGGCAGCACCCGAUCCACGGCGGUCUUCUCGAGCGCGAGCCCAUUCGCAAUCACAGCAGUCUUCUACCACAUCUAGCAUAUCGGGACGAGCAGAGCGCACUACAAGAUCGCUGAACAAAUCCGGAUCCCCUCAAAAGAGCACACCCACAGGCUCGCUCUCCUCCGAGCCCCCCGACGAUCUCAUCGAAGCCUCCGACGACCACCUUCUCCGACCCCGCCGUACGCGAUCAAACAACGAGGACCGCGAGAAUAAAGCUACGAACCCAGACGACAACGAAAUGGCAACAAACGGGGCUGACGACAUUCAAGAGGACGACGAGGCCGUCCGGUGCAUCUGCGGUCACGAGGACUACCCCGGCCCGCCCUCGCUCGAGGACCUCAAACGCGUCGCCAAGGAGGGAAUCGACCUUGAGGCCGUCUUCCCAACUGAGAUAACCGAAGAUCUUGCAGGAUUCUUUGUACAAUGCGACGUUUGUCAUGUUUGGCAGCAUGGCGCCUGUGUCGGUCUGAGCAAUGACGACACUCUCCCUGAGGAGUAUUUCUGUGAAGAAUGUCGGGAAGACUUCCAUCGUAUAUUCAAGACAAGCCUCGGACGGCGGUUUUCCCUUUACCUUCCCCUCGAGCGCAAUUCAAGAGCCGUGUCUCUGGUCAAAGAGGGCACCCGGUCGCCCAAAGGAAAGGAGACGCGGAAUAGCAAGGCAUCUGCUGCAAGUCAGAGCUCAAAGCGACGAUCGACCAUGAAUAGCAGGGAUGCCGCCUACGAUGAAGAAGAGCAAUUGCGACGGGCAAUUGAGGCCAGCAGGGAAGACAACAGCACUGACGGAGCGGAAGUUGCGACAAGAAGGACAAAAAGAGGGAGGAGCGGCAGUGAAGAUAGGAAACUUGAGGCCGCUCCCAAACGACAGCGCACAAGCUCUCGAUCGCCCUCGCCUCAACCAGACAAGCAACCGGAAGGAGACGAAUCUGACGACCAGGCCGGUUCACGAAACGGAGCCUCCAAGAAAUCCCGGAAUUCCGUCGCUGCGGCAGCGCGAACCCAGAGAGAGAAAUCCGAAAAGGCCGAAAAGGAAAGGCAACGUGCAGAAGCCGCCAACAAGCGCAAAGGACGUGCCGAGCGCCGCCGAGCCGAUGGUAUACAACCCACGAUCCUUGUGAAGCCCCCUGAAGCUCACCAGGAUACAGACUCAGACCCCUCCGAGGAACUCCCUUUGGCUGCUCGCGCCCCAACGAACCCCCCGCCGCCCCCGGCUCCCGAACCUGUACAACAGCCCGAGGCUCCAGUCUCUUCUCACCAGGCCACUCCGGAUACCCCACCAGCGUCUGCCGUGCCCAUGGCAGUAUCGAAAUCAAAGGGAGGACGACCGACGCACAAGAAGAAAGGCCGCAAUCAGUAUACCAAGGAUCGAGACGACGGCUCGCCAGCCCGCUCCCAAUCGAGAGACGUUCAGGACACGCCCAACUCUGGUAACACAAGGACUGGAGGGGGCGAGCAUAGCAAAUCAUCAAGGUCGAAGGGAGGUAUGAACAGCAGGGUAACGAUGAGCGAAAUGAAAAGACGAGCAACGGCCAUGUUCGACUAUAUCUCGAGGACACAACUAGAGCUGGCUGGAGAGGCCUCGCCAGCGCAAGCCCAUGCGAGCCCCGCUGGCUCCAAAGACGACGCCCCAGUGAGCACUGAUGCGCCUUCGAUAGUUGUCAAUGGCGGUACGUCGUCGCCGAAGAAGCUUGCAGGCAACAAAGGCACAGAGAAUGGCGACAAGCCAACGAAGGAGUUUAAAGAACUUUCCUGCGUGGAAAUGAUGGAUUAUCUUACUAGGGAUCUCGUCCACUGGCAGAACCAAUUUGUCGCCUGA